AUGUCAGUUCAUUUCGUUAUAGCAGCGAUUGUGUUUACAAUCCUAUACGGUAUCUUUGCUAUCGUCAGCAUAAGCAUCCUGUGGAAGAAAAGGACAAUUAGGACCUUCUAUACAGGACUAUUUUUAUUUGGUCUGCUUCGGGCCGCAGCGCAGGGAUGUUUGAUAGGCUUCUCAGCACAAGAAUUCAUCCCCCGACAAUGGCUCAUCGCCUAUAUUGUGUUGAAAACGGAAGCGUACUAUUUACUGAUCCUUAUCAGUCUCUUUUUGGUGUGUGCUUCUUAUUUGGAAGCCAAUGGGGGAUCUUGGUCGAAACGUGCCUCUUUCGAUUCGUCAAAAUCAUUACUGGGUUUCAAAAGAUUCAAUCUCAACACAGUCGUUCUAUUAUAUUGCUUAGCAGUUGUUGCCAAUGUAUUGGUGGUAGUGGGAGGUACCCUGUUGGCCAGCGUGAAUACUAACGAGUACGGAAACAAUCUUGCCAGAAUCAAUAGCAGCAAAGGCCUUCGAGCAACGGGUCAAGCAUUGUUUCUAAUGUCAACAUUAGCUGUGUUGACUUUGGCUGCCUGCGCUAUAGUCCUGGAUAACAUUAGAUCUUAUUUGCUAGCAUCUGUUUUCUUAGCUACUCCAUUCCUGCUGGUGAGAGGUGUGUAUGGUUUAUUAUCUCCUUUCAUUCAAGGGGCAAACUAUGCUUCCAUGGCGAAUUACGCAUCAACGGGAAUGUCAACUAGUUUUAUCGUCACUGAGUAUGUACUGGCCACAACCAUGGAGUUUAUUUCUGGGUGUAUUUUCCUGUCCACUUAUUAUGUGGUACAUUUCCACAAACGACAAGCAAAUAAUGCGAUCACUGAGGAUGAGAAUUAUGAUAAACCUUUUAUAUGA